AUGAACAUCCGAGGCUAUUGCGGACCCUCAGCGACCGUCUUGGACCGACCGUCCGAAGGCGGGAUAAUUCCGCCGGUGGAAUGGGGACGUAUGCUGGUGGCAUUACGCAACGGGUCAACACCGGUCUCGCCCUCGGCCCUCCGGCUAUUUCGGGACCGGACGACGUCCGUUGGCGUCGCUAAUAAAAGCCCGCCCCUGACGAGGGUUUAUCGCCCCCGACGCCCCCAAUCGAGGGCCGUGAGCGAUUCGGUACAGCGGGACCGUUCCGCGUGUCUAUCUGACGCCCUGAACGAAUUUAAU